AAAGAUCGACGGCGCGGACAAGCGAUUCCGAGCGAGAACGUGGUUGUGGGUCGGGUAUACUUUCCUUGUCUCGCCACCUCCCCCUUCGGACCGCGAAUGAACAAACUGUCUGUAAACACUACCCAUCAUAAGUUCUUCGGAAAUAGGGGUGCCUGACUCGAAAUCCAAUUUCGAAGGCUUGGACCGGCCGCAGGACCGUAUCGGGAAUGUCUCCACAUUACAAUCAGUCUUCCGAUUGAAACCGUGAUCAAUGGGCAACGAUAUAAAAUCUCAGCAUAAGUCUCGCCACCAGCGAGCAAAUGGUGCCCGAGCACUCCGGCGUUCUAUUCAAGAAAUUACCCCCGAGAACUCGCAUCAACAAACCCAGAGUCCACUUUUCUCAACUCUCCCAAGCGAAAUCCGAAAUCUGAUAUUUGAAUAUGCCCUCUGCGAAUGCCAAGACGAAACAGACCCGGUAGACUCUCAAUCCCGCCACUUCCGCCCCGGCCAUGAAUACAAGACGAGAAUCGAAACUGCACUCCUUCAAACAUGUCGACUGAUAUACUACGAAGCGCAGGCUAUACCACUACGGAGCGCUACCCACCAUCUAUUUGCGUUUACCGGGACUGGUUCAAAAAUUGAUUGGGAUCACUACAUAUUUCAUCUAACCAAGCAGCAAGGCCAGAACCUUUAUCAUCUCCAUGAUAUUAUGGGCAUGAUUGGGUUCGCGCGUCUAAGCAAAUAUCUCAAGCACACGCAUCUUCAAUGGAGGAAGAUUACUUGGACCAUCCGCACGAGCCUUUGGGGCCCAUUAUUAGCACCCCCUUCUGCGUACCUUGAGCUUGAUGGCAGUCUUCGAGCUCUCAGAUUCCCGGUCUCCUGCCAAGAAGUAAACAUUGAGCUAGAAACUUUAGAAAACGGCGCCACCGAGCUACGCACGGCAGUCGAGGAUUUUGCUGCGAUGUGUCGGAAAAUCAAAAUGCGGAGGAGAGAUGAUACAUAUAUCCCAUUUGACUCGGCAGGUUCUUUUGAGUACACAUGGACUGGAUUCUCUCCAUCACCUACUCAGCAUGGAACGUAUGAUGAGCUUGCACAUACAGGCCCGCCGUUGACGGUUACGUAUCAUGUUAUUCGGCUACGUUGGCAUUCUGGUGUACCGACUCGAGAGUAUGCGAAUUACGACAACUUAAAUUGUCUCUCCAGUCGGUUAGCCAAGGUGGUUACGCGGCAAAGCACAGAAAGCGCAGCUCAAUCUCGAUAAUAUCAAGUUCGAUUCAACUUUCUGACUGGAACAUGCUAACUUUAGAGAAAAAUUUAAGCCUACCCUUUUUGUACCGUACGCAAUAACAUUCAACUAAUGAAGCUCUUCGCGAAACACAAACUCAAGCGCUGUUAACCAUGUAGCUCCCACUGCUGAAUACCCAAUACUAAUUCCCCAGAGAUUGAGAGGUCCGUAAGUGCUAAGGGUGGGGACUUUAUGUGAAGCUUUUGGUAGCACCAGAGGCAUGAGGAACUGAGUUGAUUGCUAAAGGAGUGUACCUAAGGGUCUAUAUAUACAGAAGGGUG